AUGGAGUUGCCUAUCCUUUUCUCUCAGCCUCAUACUGGUCCAGGCUGUAGACACGGUUAUCGAUUAGAGAGUCAAAAAGCUGCCUAUUCACCGCUCCCUCACAACAUUGACGACUUGCCUGAUCAAUACUCCAUACGAGAUGUCCGAGAUUUAGGAAGACCCCUUUGCGAAGUUGCCUUGUUCCAAACACCAGCGAUAUCGUCCUCCCUCGCCAACCCCCCCUCGAAAACCACACGUAAACGAACACAUACAUCGUCGAGUCUAGAAGCUAGCGUGGGAACAGACGUGGCACAAGACAAUCUAUAUCCAGUGCUGCGGGCGCACAACAACGGAGCUGUGCGUGGUUCAAAGGUAGAACUGCACGAGAAGCUGCCCAAGUCCAUCAAGCCCCGCAAGUGCUCAAUUUGUAAUACGACGGAGACACCGAAAUGGCGGACGGGGCCGUUCGGUCCUGGUUCGUUCUGUAAUUUUUGCGGUCUCGUGUAUGCGAAAAGGAGGGCCAGACUGGAUAUAACACACAAGAGUGGAUAA